UUUUCCUUUUCAAGUUGAUGCUUCAAGGAGCACCUGUCAUCCCAACAUGCUUUGCGUGUCCAAUAUGGAGGAACUGGCGGUGGAGGUCCGUGGCUCCAACGGAGCUUAUUACAAGGGCUUUGUCAAAGAUGUCCACGAUGACUCUCUCACCAUUGCCUUCGAGAACAAUUGGCAGCCAGAACGCCAGGUGCCCUUCAGUGACGUCAGGAUGCCACCUCCUGCUGACGCCAAGAAGGAGAUCGGAGAGGGGGAGGAGGUGGAGAUCUUCUCCAGAGCCAAUGAGCAGGAGCCCUGUGGUUGGUGGCUGGCUAAAGUCCGCAUGAUGAAAGGAGAUUUCUAUGUGAUUGAGUACGCAGCCUGCGAUGCUACAUACAAUGAGAUAGUGACCUUUGAGCGCCUGCGUCUCGUCAACCCCAACAAGGCUAUCACUAAGAGCUCCUUUUACAAGUGCACUAUCCCUGUUCCUCAGGAUCUACAAGAGGCGUGCCAGAAUGAACAGGUUCACAAGGACUUUAAGAAAGCUGUGGGAGCCUGUCGCAUCUCCUACUGCCCUGAGACCAGCCAACUUGUCGUCAUGUCCACCAAUGAGACCACAGUGAAGCGUGUCUCCUUGUUGAGUGACAUGCAUCUGCGCAGCAUCAGGACCAAGCUGCUGUUGAUGUCACGCAACCAGGAAGCUACUAAACACCUGGAGUCCUCAAAGCAGCUGGCCUCAUCCUUCCAGGAAGAGUUUAUGGUGCGACCAGACCUGAUGGGGUUGGCCAUUGGCAGCCAUGGCAGCAACAUCCAGCAGGCACGCAAAGUCCCGGGUGUCACCGCCAUUGAGCUGGACGAGGAGACUGGCACUUUCAGGAUUUAUGGAGAGACAGCAGAGGCUGUGCAGAAGGCAAGGAGCUACCUGGAAUUUCUGGAGGACUCUGUCCAGGUGCCCAGGAACCUCGUUGGUAAGGUGAUUGGUAAGAACGGAAAAGUAAUUCAGGAGAUUGUGGACAAAUCUGGUGUGGUGAGGGUCAGGAUAGAGGGAGACAAUGACAACAAGCAGCCCCGACAGGAAGUCACACAGGGAAUGGUGCCAUUCACCUUUGUAGGCACUAAGGAGAGCAUUGGCAAUGUUCAGGUCUUGCUGGAGUACCAUAUCUCCUACCUCAACGACAUGCAGCAGCUUCUUUCAGAGGGCCAGCAGCUAGAGGAACAGCUGAGACAGAUUGGGGAAUAUACACAGGGAAACAGCCUAGCAAGAUUCAGAAUAUACCACCCAAGACACAGUGGAUGCGUUGUAGAUGAGGUUGAACAGCUUCGUCUGGAGCGGUUGCAGAUUGAUGAACAGUUGCGUCAGUUAACCCAGGGCCAUCGACCCUCCGACAGGGAGAGAGGGGAGAGAGGAGGAGGAGGAGGAGGAGGAUACAAUACAGAUGGUAGUGCCACCGCCUCCUCUUCCUCCCUGCAUGCCAGUCGCUCCUACUCAGGCCGAGGCCGUGGGCGCAGAGGCCAUAACUACACCUCUGGAUAUGGCACCAACUCGGAGCAGUCCAAUGCCUCUGAGACAGAUUCAGAGCGCAGAGACGAGCUGAGCGACUGGUCCCUGGCUGGAGAGGACCAGGACAGGGAGAGGGAGAGGGGCCCACGGCCACAAAGAGACAGUCGUCGGAGGCCAGGGGCUGGCAGGGGCCGAGGAGGGCCUGGAGGAAGAGGAAGAGGAGGAAGAGGUGGAUACAGCAACAGCUCUGCCGGGUCUCGGGACCAUGAAGGUAACCGUGGUUACGGGGCCUUGGAGACAAACACAGAGACAGACCAGACAGCAGACACGGAUGCUAGUGAGUCCACCAUGCCUGCCAACCGCCGCCGUAGGUCCCGACGACGCAGAACGGACGAAGAUGCCACGCUGAUUGAUGGCAUGAGCGAAUCAGAUAACGCCUCAAUGAGUGAGAAUGGAAUAGUGACUGUGGCUGACUACAUAUCCAGGGCUGAGUCUGAGAGUCGACAGAAGAACGCCAAGGAAACCAAGAAAAACAAGAAGGACGCGGGUCAGGUGAAUGCCAUUGCUGAGCACAGCCCACAGUCUGCUCCUGCAACCGCCAACGGCCCAAGCAACAAGGCAUCCACCGGCGACAGCAACAGCGCCACCAGAGCUUCCAGGUCUUCCGAGAGGCCUGCCAAAGUCUCCUACCAGGGGGACUCAAACCCAGAACCUGUCGUCAACGGACUCUCCUAAUCAGACCCGAGCAAAACAGACGGUUUCAAAUAUUUGAACGUCCUUGGGUGCGCUUGAUUUAAACUCCUUAUCACUUGAGCAGCCUCAAACGUGAAACUUUACAUUAAAAUACAACAAGCACUGUUCUUUUUUAUUUUUCAAAUAUUUGAAACCUGUUAAACUGAGUAUUUUGCCGAGGUCUACACCUAUCCCCCUCCACCCUCGACAGGCUCUGUCCAACUCCAUUCAUUUUACUACAGUUUUUACAAUAGUUCUUCUUGUAUGAGCUUGCCAAAGAUAGUUAAACACACCCACACACAGACUUGCAGAUAUCUCUACUUACUGCACUUUUCAGUCCCCUCUCUGUGGAGAGCUCAGGAGGGGUCGGGCUGAAUGCAGGAUUUAAAAACUGCAGACAGGGAUUCCAUUCAAACCCAUACUGUGGUAUUAAUGCAGUAGUUCUUUUUUCAUAAAUUUAAAGAAUAUAAUGGCCAGGGUUUUAGAGCUGAAAAAAUGUCUACCUUUAACCAGGUGGCCUCACAUAAUGAUGCUUCCAGAAACUUUUUCCAGGAUGUUUUUUGUGCAUCAAAAGUUGUUUGUAAAUUCAACAUUCUGCAUGAGCAGUACCACAGUGUCGGUAGGUUUGGUGGAAACCCAAGUAUGUUUAACAUACAUGUGAUCAGCUGUUGUGCCUUGAGAGUAGAUUCAACAUGUCGUUGCCUGGCUCCGCACACCAUCUGAAAUCCCUUCACUUAUUUCUGUGUUACUCAGUUGCCCUUGCCUGCCACAAUUGAACCAGAUAAAUCGUCUUCAAGUGCUAUCUUUUCCUUUCUGGCACUGCAAGCAGGCAAACACUGAGAAAACCCUGACAGGAUUUCAGUGGCAUAUCUUUUCAAAAUCAGGUGUGUCUGUUCUUAUUGUUUGUGAAAAAAGAUGAGUCCAGUUAUCCUUUAUAUAUCUGUUGAGGAGUUUGACGUUAGCUGCUUUCUGUUGACUUGUUUUUCAAUAUGCAACCACUUCUAUUAUAGGAGGAAAUGUUGUUAUUACAGUGUGUCUGGAAAAGAAACAAACAGUAGAGGAGUUGUUUUUCUUUGCACUGAAUUGUAACCUUUUUCUGUUAGAAUAAUUGUAGUUAAGUCUGGAAACUGGUCUGUUACUGUUUUGCGCUGGACAGAGAUGUAGCCGUCAGGGCUGGGUUUCCCGAAGAUAUCUCUGUGCUUAACAUCAGGCAGUGUAUUCAGAUUUAACAAGGUUUAUGAGGAGUUGGAAUACUGUUUCUCAACCCCACCCCCCAACCCACCCUCAAAAAAAAACAAAACAAAACAAAAAAACAACAACAAAAAAAACAACAACAAAAAAACAAAUCAGGUUUACUAUGGCGUAUGCGCGGCAUGUUUUCUGUUAAUAAGGGCGAUGAUAUGUUCAUUUCAUCCCGUUCUACAUGCCCGCUAAUGCAAAGAUCCCUUUUCUAUCAAAAGCCAACAGGCAAAGACAGCCCUGAUGUUGAGAUGCUUCUGGAAAACCAACCCCAGGUGACGAUGAUGUCAUUUUCAUGGUUCUUCCACAGACUGGCUGGCUGACGACUGGUCAUGACUGUUUCAGUAUGGAAGGAGAUUUAUUUGGUUUAUUUAUUAAAAAAAUGUACAGUAUUUAAAAAAAAAAAUAAACAAAAGAAGCUGUCUUUUUCUUGACACUAAAAACUGGCGUUAAUAAGACAUUUUUUUGAGGCAGGUGACAAUUUGGACUACUGAGAGUUUGACUUCCCAAGUGUUUUUGUUGGGUCGACUACAGUAUGGUUAUUUUUUUUUUCUCCUUUUUUUUUAAGGAUCGUUCUGGUUGGUUGAUGUGCAAUAUGUUUUGUAUGCAGGUAGUUCUUAAAUAAACUUGAUCUUCCAUCUA